UAUGCAUUUGGAYGAUUACCUGUGGACCGUACAAAAUCCCAUAGAAACAUWUUAUUUGUACUUCAAGGUUUAGAUGGUUUGAUACCUUUGGUGAUUUCUUCAUUAAUUUUCUGGCUUUGUCUCAAGACUCGCUGCAUUUCCUUACAUGACAUAACACACCAGUUUGACAAAACACCAGCUCAGGUUGAGUCAGCGAGGUUGGAGAUGAAACCUGGAUUUUAAAAACAGAAACAAGGACGAUUGGAUUACCCUKCUUAUUAUUUCCAGCUUUAUUCUUUUAAAUUGUGGAAAYAGAAGGUUAUUUUUCAGUCUGCAACCGGGGCAUUGAUGUGUGCAGAGGAAUUGCAAGCGACCUGYCAGUGAAGAUUUUCGCCCAAGUGUUAACAAGUAACCAGCAAAGAAAUACAGUUUUAAAGUGUACCUUUCAUAAGGUCGUUCAAGCUUCAAAGCAAAAUCUUCCAACUGGUUAUAUUUGAACGGUUUCGAAGCAUUUAUGAUUCUGUUAUAUCUGAYAAGCCUUGUGAGYUAAAGUUAGSACGAGSSAAGAUGGCUUCCGUGGAGGUGGAAAAGCUCUCCGAGCACCUCCUGAAGUGUCAAAUCUGCUUGGAAACAUACAAAUCUCCCAAAGUCCUCCCAUGUCUUCAUACGUUUUGYCUUCAAUGUUUGAUAAARCUCUGUCGACCAGAAGAGAGAAUUAUCAUUUGUCCAACAUGCCGCUGCGAAAGCCAGAUCCCUAAAGAUGGUGUCACAGCAUUUUCAUCGAACUUUUUCAUCAACAACAUGCUGGAUUUUCUCUAUGUUGCACAGAGCAGCUCAAAACCUGUUUCUUGUACAAAUUGUGAGGAUAAAAACACUGCUACGUCGCGUUGUAUUGAAUGCAUGGAGUUUCUCUGUCAGGCGUGUGUAGCUGCACACCAUCGAACUAAACUUACAAAAGAUCACGAAGUGUUGGCACUCGAGGAACUACACGGUUUAAAGCAAGAGGUGCAGGAAAAGAUGCACCGGCCACUGCUCUGUGGAGUGCACGAUACGGACAUUUUAAAGUAUUUCUGUGAGACUUGCGAUGAGCCUGUUUGUAGAGAAUGUUUGAUUAUUGAUCACAGAGAACAUCGGUAUGGAUAUUUAAAAGAUGUUGAUAAGAAACAUCGGUCAGAGGUUGGUGUAUUAGUAAUGAACACAAAGAAGAAACUCUCACCUUUGAAGGAAGCCAUCGACAGCGUGAAGGAAAUGAGAAAAAGAGUCGACUGUAAGGCAGAAGAGCUGAGACAAGAAAUCAUGCGAACUACSAAACGAUGUCUGGAGGUUAUUCAAGAGCGCGAAGAAGAGCUCUUGACACAAGUGAACAAUAUCCACAAGAUGAAAACAAAGACWCUUGAUAUCCAAGCUGAAGAGCUGGAAAUGAUGUUAGGUAACCUAACGAGCAGYAUCGACUUCACUGAAAACGCUCUUCGCCAUGGCAACGAAGCGGAAGUAAUGCUAGUGCGAAAACAAAUGACAGCACGUUURCAAGACUUGAAUCACGUAAAGUUAGAGUACGAUCCUUUAGAAGACGAAUUUAUUGAUUACGAACUAAAACCAGACGAAUUUAGGAACGCGAUCCAGAAAAUGGGUACAGUUAAAAUGUACCACGCCUAUCCAAGAUUCUGCUACGCUACAGGGGUUGGKUUACAAAGAGCAAAGAUAGGACUGGAGGCUGUGUUCCUGGUGACRGCUAAAGACAGAAUGAAUGAGAUCUAUAGUGGUGGUGGAGAGGCCAUGAAAGUCGUGGUUUCUCCACCUGAAGGUGACAAAUAUGAAGGUAAAGUAAUUGACAACUUAGAUGGCACCUACACUGUUGCAUACCAGCCGGAAGAAAGAGGAACCCACGAGGUCGCAAUUACAUUAAGAAAUCGAAACAUCUCCGGAAGYCCUUACUCGGUUAACGUCACAGGCCGAAUGGAUUACGGAAAGCUCGGCAAAAUGAUGCGAACAUUCGGAACUGAAGGCACUGGUGGCGGAGAAUUCAACAUGCCCUGGGCUGUUGCUAUUGACAAUGAUAACGGGUGUUUCAUAAUCACGGACUGCAACAAUCACCGCGUUCAAGUGUUUGAUUUCGAAGGAAAUUUUAUGUUCAAAUUCGGAACUGAGGGAUGUGAUCGAGGACAGUUUAAAAAUCCAAGAGGUGUAGCUCGRUUUCCGAACGGUCAAAUAGUAAUCGCUGACUUCAAUAACCACAGAGUACAAAUAUUUAACGAAGAUGGACGCUUYAUACGAAAAUUUGGCUUCUACGGYAAUGAAGAAGCCGGGUCWAUGAAUCAUCCAUGUGGUGUGGCAUGCGCAGCUGGAGGAAUGGUGCUAGUUUCGGAGCAAGACAAUCAUCGUGUCCAAAUGUUUGAUGGGAAUGGGGACCCUGUGAGAAAGUUUGGGUGUCAAGGGUUUGGAAGAGGACAAUUUAUAUAUCCACAUCAUCUUUGUGUGAACCAACGAGGCAGUGUUGCUGUUGCGGAUUGCGUCAAUGAUAGAGUCCAGAUAUUUGAUAUGGAGGGAAACUAUUUAUCUAGCUUUGGAAAAGAAGGGACACAAAAUGGUCUGUUCGAUGGUCCAGAAGGCAUAACAUACGACGAUGAAGAUAACAUGUUGGUGUGUGACUACCACAAUCACCGAGUGCAGAUCUUUAACUCCGAGGGGGUUUUCGUGUCGUCCUUCGGUCAGUUCGGUGACGAGGAGGGGAACUUUAGAAACCCAUGUGGCAUUGCGGUCACGAGUGACGGAAAUGUGAUCGUCGUGGACAGCGGAAAUCAUAGAAUACAGAUAUUUUAGUUGUGAAUCAUUGAGCAUCCACAUAAUGACUAUAUGCAGUCGUUUGAAAGGAACCAUUAGCUCCUAAAAUAUGUCUUGAAUGAUAAAAGUAUUUAAUUUGUGAGUUCAAUAGGYCUUUUGUAUUUAACGGUCACWUGGUACUAAAUCCGCCAUACUGGAGGGCAAAGAAAAUAAAAGUCAAGUUUGACGGGCUGCGUUCCUUUUGUUUUUCUAGUUGCUUACAUUCUUUUACCCUUCAGUAUGGCAGAUUAAGAACCUUGUGACCGCGUUAUAAAUGCGCGAAAGGACAAUUUAAAGGAAUACUGAACUUCUUAUGAUCACAGGAGAUUGGCCUUUAAUUACACAGCUUUUAUGAGAUUGUUUAGUUCAUCGCUACGAUUCAUAUUAAAGGUGAUCAUGGUUCUUUUCAAGCGACUGAAAUUUGUUCUCGAUCUGUUUUUGAUCAUAAUUAAAAUUUCAUACAAACCUUGCAUGAGCAUGCGUGUUUUUCUAAGUUAAUUUUUAGAACAUGAUUAUACAAUGAAAUAAAUAUUUUAUUGGCAUUCAGAACAAUUAUAUAAAAUCAUUAAAAAUAAUAUUAUGCAUACAUCUUAUUAUUGCAAACUGGUUUUUAUAUGAAGACGAGAGACGAGAGCGCAUUCCGAGACUGCUUUAGUGAUCGUUUGACUAUUUUACACUCCYGCUCAAAUAAAGAUGUUUUAUUUUGGAAUGACAUCGUAGCGUAAUUGCUAGUAUGUUACACGCAUGCAUUUCAAUAUUAUUUCUAUUUGUCUAAAAACAGUCCAUCUAAACCUAUAACUUUUCUAGAGACACGCACGUUUAGGGCCAGUUCACACUGCAACAGUAAGCACAAKCUCCAUAAACAAAGACAAAAAGUAAGGUGUUUUUCUUUGUUUAUUCCUUUGUCUUUGAUUAGCUUAUGCUCUGCCUUAUUUGAACUUGCUAUGCUUAUCUCGAUAUACACUUGACUUCAUUCAUUUGUCUUUUCUUUAGUUYGACAUGCUUAUGUCGGACUAAAGAAAAGGCAAAUGAAUGAAGCUAAAGUUGGAAUUUCGMACACUCUAAGUUCAAAUGGCACCGGCAAAUUUCUUCAUGACGGAGUGGUUUUCAUAAAUAUAAAUUCGUGAAAUAAUGAGUACUAAUAGUCAAAAUAURAAAAUGAGUGAUGGACAGGAAAAUUAACGGAAUUAAAGUGUAGUAUGCUAAAGUGUACAUGUCUAUAUAUAAUAUAUAAAAAAAAUGUUAUUUAUAGCCUUAUA